UCAGCAACAGGGCUAGACUACUGCUUGCGUGACAGUGUAGCUUUCGUGUGAGCCUGUAUAGUUGGUGUUUCUUUUAUAGUUUCGUUUUCUUUAGGUUAUUCCUGUUUUAACGGUUAAGUCGACUUUCGUUUUAAGGUUUUAGUGCUUAAACAUCUCACUGAAUUAUCUGUGCGGCCCAUUUUUACCAGUUUUAAACCUGUUUGUUUCAUUCGUUUAUAAAUUAGACUUGAAUUUUGAAGAAAUCCGAGUGCUGUAUAGGUCUGACUUUUGCCGUUCUGCUCUGAAGACAGCGAAACCCUGCAUCGCUCCAUCAUCUAACAGUCUAACCUGUUCUUGCUUGUUCUGUUUGCUUUACUUCCGUCGUUUUUCAAAGUAAAAUUUUUAAUUUGAGGUAUUGGUAUUCUACCAUUACAUGAUUUAACAGUUUAGUUUUUUAAUGAAAAUUUUGAAUUGUAUAUCACUUCCAUACUUAAACACAAUGCGCGUUCCUGAGGCAAAGGUUUUUUCUUCGACCUUGACGUUGUUUUUCAUUACACUUAGUGUGUCGCUGUCAUUGGCUAAUGGAAAAGAGGGACACUGUGUUUGGUAUGGAACAUGUGGACAGAAUGAGUAUGGAAAGGAUCUUCCAUGCCUUUAUGAGGGGCCUCCUAAACCGUUAACUGACAAUGAGACAGUUGCUGCUCUAAAGAAAAUAUGUCCUGAAUUAGUUCCAGAUGGACAAGAUGAACCACAUGUCUGUUGUAACGAGGACCAGAUUGAGAAUCUCAUUGUGAACAUGAGAACUCCUGAGGCUCUUGGCUUUGGCAGAUGUCCAUCCUGUAUAAGUAACUUCCGAAAAACUUUUUGUCAGUCCACCUGUUCACCCAAACAGAACCUGUUUCUUAAAGUAAUAAGUUCAGAGAAAAGUCCAAAAGAUGGGGAGAGAAUAACUGGUCUUCAGUAUUUCAUGUCCAAGAGGUUUGCUGAUGGACUGUUUGCAUCAUGUAAGGAUGUAGAAGGCCUUGUUCCAGGAUCACCAUUACUGGAAUUGAUGUGUGGCAUCUGGGGACCAGAGUGCACUGCCCAGCGAUGGUUAGACUUCAUGGGAUCCACUCCUUCUGCAGGUGGUUUUUCUCCUUUUCAGAUCUUGUUCAAUAUCACAGAGAAGCCUACUGUUACAGUGGAUGAUAAGACCUUUACUCCCAUGAAUGAGCCAACAUUAAAAUGUUCUGAAGCUGUCUAUUUGGGUGGUUAUGCUUGUUCCUGCCGAGACUGUAAAGAUUCUUGUUCAGUAGAAACCUUAGCUUUUGAAGUCCCUGAGGAAAAGGAACCUUGGAAAAUCAUUGGGCAAGAUGGAAUGGUUGUCCUAAUGAGCAUCAUUUUUGCUGUUUUAGCAUUAGUAAUCUUUGUGGGCUAUGUAUACACAUGUAAUAAGGAGGAGAAAUUUGUAUGUGGUGCUGGGGAAGUAUUUGUUCACACUUCCCGAGGACUUGUUCAUAUGAAUCCCCAUGCUAUCACAGCCACAGGUGUGGAUCUUGGCUCCCUUGAAGAAGUGGAACCUCUCCGUUCCAAAUGGUCAAUAGAUUCAUCACAACGUCAUUCUGGUGAUAAUUGCAUCUCUGCAUCCUCCACAAUAAGUAGUUUCAGUCAGCAUGAGGAUAAAGUCAAAACCAACAGCACUCCUGAAAACCAAAUCUCUGAUGACAUAUCUUGUUUUGAAAAACUUGGAGCAAUCACAGAACGAAUAUUGGAAUCUCUGUUUUCCAGAUGGGGAAUGUUUGUUGCAAAUCAUCCACUGUCUGUCAUAUUUUUGGCUCUUAUAGUGAGCUUACUGCUUGGUCUGGGGUUAGUUUUCAGUUUCAAAGUUACCACUGAUCCCGUUGAUCUGUGGGUGUCGCAUAACAGUCAGGCACGGAAAGAUAUGGAGUACUUCAACAAACACUUUGGUCCUUUUUACCGUGUGGAACAAAUCAUCAUAACGCCUACAAACAACGAAUCUUUUGUAGCAGAAGCAGACAAAGAUGGUAUUUCUAACUACACCUGGGGACCUGUGUUUAGGAAAGAAUUCCUCCUUGAAGUUCUAGACUUACAGAGGAAAGUAGAAAGCCUGGUGAUCAGUAAAGAUGGUAAAAACAUAUCUUUACCUGACAUCUGUCUUGCUCCCUUAGCUCCAGAAAACAAAGCCUGUGUUGUACAAAGUGUAUUUGCAUACUUUCACUCUUUCUUCAAAAGUGGUGAAGCAUCCCUACCUGAUAAUUACCUGUCACAUAUACUAGAUUGUACUAGUAACGGAUACCAGUUCCAUUGUCUUGCACCAUAUGGUGGACCUCUGAUACCUCCUGCAGUUGCUUUUGGUGGGUUUGAGAAUAAUACUCUGCACACAGCAUCAGCCCUUGUCAUCACUUUCCCUGUGAACAACUAUAAUGAUCCAGACCUGAACAAGGAUGCAUUAGCAUGGGAAAACCUGUUUGUAAACUUUAUGAAGAACUUCAGCAGUCCAAACAUGAAUGUAGCUUUUAAAGCAGAGCGAUCCAUUGAAGAUGAAUUAGAGAGGGGAAGCCACUCAGACAUCAUAACAGUAGCCAUCAGUUAUGUCAUCAUGUUUGCUUACAUUGCUAUUGCUUUAGGAGAAGUAAAAAGCUGCAAGUCAAUACUGGUUGAUUCUAAGAUCUCCCUUGGUCUUGCUGGAGUUGUGAUUGUGUUACUGUCAGUCAUUUCAUCUCUUGGAAUUUUUUGUUUUGUGGGAGUUCCUGCUACCCUGAUUAUUAUAGAGGUGAUACCUUUCCUUGUUCUGGCUGUGGGUGUUGAUAAUGUUUUCAUUCUAGUCCAAGCAUACCAAAGAGAUGAAAGAUUGCCACAUGAGACGAUGCAGGAAGAGAUUGGCCGUGUAGUGGGAGAAGUGGCCCCCAGUAUGAUGUUAUCUAGUUUGUCUAUGUCCAGCUGCUUUUUUAUUGGAGCCUUGACAGAAAUGCCAGCUGUUAAAUUAUUUGCUCUCUAUGCUGGAGUGGCACUGAUAAUCAACUUUUUCCUUCAAAUGACCUGUUUUCUUGGGCUCUUCAUACUUGAUGCCAAAAGACAGGAGCUGUUGGCUUUCUUGGCCUGGUUCUGUUCUUCUAUGGCAGUGAUAGACAAGAUUGAUAUUGGAUUUGACCAGGAUCUUUCAAUGCCAGAGGAUUCCUACAUGUUAGAUUAUUUCAAGUACCUUUAUCAGUACCUGUCAGUGGGACCUCCUGUUUACUUUGUUAUCACAGAUGGGUAUAAUUACUCGGAUAUUGAACACCAGAACAGACUCUGUGCACUGCCAUCCUGCAGGAAUGACAGCUUGUUUCUACAAAUUAAGGGGGCAGCAGACAUCAGUGAAAAGACUUACAUAGCAGCACAACCGGCGAGUUGGUUGGAUGAUUACUUGGACUACAUGAAGAGUCGACAGUGUUGCUUUGAACAACAUAAUAAAACUUUCUGUCCUUCCUAUGCUGCAAACAAUGAUGAUUUAGAGUGUGAAAGUUGUGCUAAGCUUCAAAUGCGUUCAGUUGGCUCAGAAUUCAACCAUUAUCUGGAAUACUUUUUACAAGAUCUACCUAAUGAGUAUUGUGCUAAAGCAGGCAAGGCCCAGUUCAGCUCAGCUGUACAGUUGAUUUCUGACAGUAAUAACUCAGUCAGGGUGGGAGCUACCCACUAUAUGACCUAUCAUACUAUCCUCAAAACUUCCAAGGACUUUUACAAAGCUCUGGAGUUGUCACGUUAUAUAUCAGAGAAACUGACUGAACAGAUCAGAACUGAUUCCACUGAAUCAGAUCUUCGUGUGUUUCCUUAUAGCAUUGUUCAUGUGUUUUAUGAACAAUAUCUUACCAUGUGGCCUGACACACUGAAGAGCUUGGGCUUCUCAUUGGCUGCCAUAUUUAUUGUUACUUUUCUGUUACUGGGACUGGAUUUUUUUUCAGCUGCUAUCAUUGUGAUUACCAUUGUGAUGAUUAUCAUCAAUCUGAUGGGGUUGAUGUACUGGUGGAACAUCUCACUUAAUGCUGUGUCAUUAGUCAACUUGGUUGUGGCAGUUGGUAUUUCUGUGGAAUUCUGUUCUCACCUAACCAGACUGUUUGCAAUUAGUCCUGCUCGUACCCGUACCAAAAGAGCACAAGAUGCAUUGGAACGCAUUGGAAGUUCUAUCUUAUCAGGUAUUACCCUCACUGACUGUGGGAUCCUGGUUCUAGCCUUUGCAAAGUCUCAAAUCUUUCAAGUGUUCUAUUUUAGAAUGUAUGUGGGUAUCAUUGCAUUUGGAACACUUCACAGCCUAAUUUUUUUACCAGUGUUCCUAAGUGUAAUUGGACCUCCAGUCAAUAGACAAAAACUAUAUGACCACAUUCAUCUACAAGACAAAAACUCUCAAGGCAAAAUUACCCAUACUGAAAGUGUUAAUAUGUGAAAAAACAAAAAGCAGCUUCGGAUUAGAAAGUGGGUUAUCAUCUGUUUGAUAACAACAAUAAAGACAAAUCAACAUACUGCAUGAAACUGGGUAGCUGUUCAGGUGUUGUGAUUUAUACAAUAUAUUCUGAAGAAGAAUGUAGUUUCCCUUACAAAUAUUUUAGAUAUACUAUUAAAAAACACAUUUAACUAUGUUAAGAGAAAACUAAUGUUUAUUUAAUACUUUUUUUAUUUUUAUCUGUGAUUUAUGACAUUUAGCAUCUUUGUAUAAAAUAUAUAUACCUUUUUUUAAAAAGUAUAUCAGCAUUUAUACAUAACUCAGUGUUGUAAAAUGUUCUGUUUUUUAUUAAUAGUUAACAUACUCAAUUUCUGGUGACUCAACAACCAGGGCUUCAAUGAAUACAGCUUAGAUUUGUUCUUCUUGUAGACUGUUUAACAGUUUCAUCAUAAAAGUUUAGUAAUUGAAAUUGUAAAAUAAACUUUUUGGUAUAUUUUUCUAACAAAAUACCUUAGUUAGUAAAAGUUCUAAUCAACUAGAUAUUACUAUUUAAUUUUUACUUUGUAAUAGUAAUGAAGUGUUUGCAAAUGAUUGUUCAUUUACUGCCUUAAAUUUCUCAUAUUUCUAUUAUAGAAAGCUCUCUCUCUCUUUUUAAAUGGCCAUGGAUCCUUAAAUAUAUAUUUUUUUAUAAAAAAUUUGUGAGAAUGGCAAACAUGGUGUUUUAUUAUUCCUUUUGCAUUUUAUUUUGUAAUUUUAAAAGUCGGCUUGUAGAUUAACAAUACAAAUAGUUGUUAGUUAUAAGGAGAGUUUAAUUUCCUAUAGACAUGGUAGUAGAAGGUGAAAUUUAAGAUUUGCAUUGUGUUAACUUUUAAACUGCUAGUUCUUAAAGUUAAAAUUGUUUUGUGCAUGCAUUUCUGCAGUUGUUGUACAUCUACUUGUUGUUAUAUGUUAAAUGAAAACAGGAAUAAUGUAUUCUGUGAUACUCUCAUGUUCAUAUACCGAGUUCAUGGUUAAUACAUACACUGAAGAUGUGGUUAAGCUUCAGUGCAUAUAAGCCCCUUUUUUCUUGAGUGGCAUUCCAAUAACUAGGUUAUUUUCUAAUAUCUUGUAAUCAUCUGCAUUAAGGUGGAAAAAUUGGCAAUGGAAACAUUUUGAAACUGCUAUACAAAUCUUGUGUCAUAUGUGCGUGUAUAAGAGUUCACUCAAUUUCACUUUAUCAUAACCAUGAUGAAAAAUGUAUGAAAUUAUUAGUAAUAAAUCAUACUCUGAAUUUAUGAAAUUGUACAUUUUUCCUUACUAAGUAAUUUCAAAUGUACAUGGCUUGCAAUGUAAAAUAACUCUCAUUUUGUUAAUGAUUUAAUGAGUUACAAAGUUACUUUAACUCAAGAUUUUGAUGGGAAGAUCAAAACACAUUUCAACUCUGUGAUUUGACUAAUAUGGAUUGACUUUCAAAGAUUUGUCUAUGUAAAAUAAACAAAAAAAAAACUGCUCAUCAAAAGUAGGAAUUGAAACCUUGCAAUAUCUAAAGACUAUAGUUGUGAGUAAAAAAAAAACUAGCAAUUUAUAGAAAUCAUUUAUUAAAUAUUGUCUUAACAACAUUUAGGUUUUUUGACUAUAUAUAAACAUAAUAUCUUACUUCUGUAGAUUAUUAGAUUUUGUUUCUCCUUUGACUGCUACAAUAGUGUGACCAGAAAUGUCAGUCUGAAAUAAAUUUCCAUUAAGUAUGUCAUUGUAUAUCCUGAGAAUUAGAAUUAUUUAUAUAUAAAGAAAAUCAUUUUUGCUCUGUAUUUAUGAUUUUUUAAGAGCAAUUAAAAGUCGUUCUUUUCGAAA